CAACACGGAGGCUGAUUGAUUUAUUAAAUAAAACCAAGAGGAAAAAAAUUAACCCUUUGCGGUGCGAAAGCGGAAGCGGAAGUGAGGAACAAGACACGUGCUGCGCAGAGGAACGCGUGCUGGAGCGGCGACAGACAUGAAGAGACCGAAGCUGAAGAAGGCGAGCAAACGUCUAUCAUGCGCCAAACGCUUCAAAAUACAGAAGAAGGUUCGGGAGCAUAACCGUAAAUUACGGAAAGCGGCAAAGAAGAAAGGAAUAACCCGAAAGCCAAAGAAAGAUAUUGGAGUACCCAACAGUGCACCUUUUAAAGAGGAAGUGCUUCGAGAAGCUGAGCAGAGAAAACAGGAGCUUGAAGCUCUGAAAGAGCAAAACAAGAUUGCAAAACAGCAAGAGAGAGCUGAAAAGAGGAAAAAGGACAAAGAAGCAGCCAGUGCUGGAGAUGAACCCUUGUCCAAGAAAGCGAAAAAGGUGGCAAAAGCUAAAGAAGCAAAGGCUGCAAUAGUUAAAAAGAAAAGCACUAAAACAUUCAAAUGCUGCGAGCUGAACAAGGUGAUUGAGGAAUCUGACGUGAUAGUGGAGGUUUUGGAUGCCAGAGAUCCUCUGGGCUACCGCUGCCCUCAGCUGGAGGAAAUGGUCCUGAAACACGAGGGAAAGAAGAAACUCUUGUUCAUAUUGAACAAAAUAGAUCUCGCUCCUAAAGAUAACGUGGAGAAAUGGCUCCGGUAUCUUGAAGCAGAGUGUCCAACUUUUCUCUUCAAAGCAUCAAUGCAGCUACAGGACAGAACUGUGCAACAGAGGAAGCAGAGAGGAAAUAAUGCAGUUCUGGAUCACAGCAGAGCAGCUUCAUGUUUUGGAAGAGACAGUUUCCUACAGACGCUUACUACCUUGGCUAACAAGAAGGAUGCCGAUACCAUGCUUAAAGUUGCUGUUGUCGGAUUCCCCAAUGUUGGAAAGAGCAGCAUCAUCAACAGUGUGAAAGAGGUCCGAGUGUGUCACGUUGGCGUACAGAGAGGACUGACCAGAUGUAAACAGGAAGUGCAUAUUACUAAGAGGUUGAAGAUGAUUGACAGUCCAGGGGUUGUGGCGGCCCCCAGUAACCCAGGAGAUGCGAUGGCCCUCAGGAGCCUGCAGGUGGAGGAGAACGAAGAGAGUCCACUGGAAGCGGUCAGGACUCUGCUCAAACAGUGCAGUCAGCAACAUAUAAUGUUACAGUAUAACGUCCCCGACUACAGAACCUCCUUAGAGUUCUUGACCGCCCUUGCCAAGAAACGAAGGUUCCUGCAGAAAGGUGACGUUCCAGACACGGAGCUGGCAGCCAUGACGUUCCUCAGCGACUGGACAGGGCCAAAACUGAGUUACCACACCAGAGCUCCAGAGCACCGGGGCCUCCCCUCGUACCUCACCGACGCCAUCGUGACUGAACUCAGGUCAGAUGUGGAUAUGGACGCGGUGAGGAUGGGCAAUGAGAACGUUUUGAAAGGUGUGCGAUUCCCCAAUCUAGCGAGCAGUAUAAGUUUUAACUCAAGAGGCCCUACCGCUGGUGUGCUGAACGUCAAUGAGCUUCCUAAAGAGACUGUAACAACCACAGAAGAAGAAGAAGAUAAGGAGACGGAAGAGACCGUCAACACAGAGGAGCCUGAGGUUGAAACUCCAGUUUCUACGAUGGUGACAGAGAUUCAGGAAUCAACAAAAAAGAAAAAAGCUAAACCAGCUAAAAAAGUGAAGUUCAUCUCGGUCAACGUCGACCAGACUUCAGUGCAGCACAACAAUGACGACGCAUAUGAUUUCAACACCGAUUUUGUGUAAAGUUUCUCCAGCGUGUACAGAUUCAUGUGGACUGAGAGGAAUCGGAUUAUGAAAAGGCACUCGGUUGGAGUGUAUGUAAUAUGUGAUCUCUGUAUCUGUUUGUAUUAGUACAUAAAAUAUGUAUUAUUGAGUUGAAUAAAUAAAAGGUUCAUACUUUUACAUUGCAUACAAAACUUAUACUGAGCUUUAUUCAAUACUUUGUUAGAACACUUUUUUCCUUUAUGUACAAAUUGGCAUAUUUUCACUUGAAGGUCAAGGACAAAACCUAGCAUGGAGAAGAAAAAACAACAAAAA